UGGAUCCAUAUAUUCUCAAGUCCGGCUGUGGACACUGAUCUGUGCUUGUCAAUACAUUUCCUCCUGUUCAUUGUCUGCUUGGAUGUGUGUCCUUGUUGCUUUGUUAGAUGUAGUCUGUUCUCAUUGUGCUGGCAUGUGUGUUUUACCCCCUCUCUCUUUCUCUCCCUCGCUGUCUCGCCGUGUCCUCCAGUCUGUCCCUCCCUCUUACUCCGUCCAUCACUAAUAUUGCACUUUGCUCAAGAGUUUCCUCGAUUUCUAUAGUGUCCACCUGGCAGUUACUGGAAUGAACCGAAACCACAACAAAGACGCCAACAACAACUGCAAUAAAAGCCUUCUCUGUGAUCAGAAGGAAAAGCUUAUCCAGGCUAUUAAAAGAAUCAAGCACGAGGUAGACGAGUGCAGGGAAGCAGAGAGAGAGACAUACAUAGAGUCGGUGGAAGUAGAGAACUGUUUCGAUGACCUGGAACGAGAACUCCGAGCCGAGUUUCAGAACCUCCAUCGCUUCCUGGAUGAGGAGGAAUAUAAAGAUCUGGAGCGACUGAGGAGGGAGAAGCAGAAACAAGUGAAGCAGCUGAAGCUAAGAGAGAAGAAAAUAUCAGCGCAAGGGAGAGACCUGGAGGGAGCGAUCACGGUGCUCAACAGCAAACUGGCAGAAGAGGACGGUCCUAAACUGCUCAAAGAAAUUCAAGAUCUCGUAAAAAGGUCUCAGGUCAGCUUCGUUCCUCCAGCGCGAGUGGACACUGAGGUGCGCUCCGGACAGUUCGUGGGACCCAUACAGUACAGGAUAUGGAAGCACAUGAAAAGCUGCCUUUACCCAAAUAUUACACCAAUGACCAUUGACCCGGACACCGCCCACCCUAACCUGUCCCUGUCGCAGUCUUGCACCUCAGUGUGGUUUGAGGAGGAUAAGAACACGAAGGACUGCCCGGCCAACCCGCAACGGUUCCGCUAUUACUACUGUGUGCUCGGCCAUCAGAGCUUCACCACGGGACGACACUACUGGGAGGUGGAGGUGGGACGUAAGACGGCGUGGAAGUUGGGCGUGGCUCGAGGAGAUGUCCCGAGAGGGGAGAUGGAUGCCACUGGCACUUCCAGAGGCAUCUGGACUCUGGCCCUGAAGAGCGGAUCUGUCCUGGCCUGCACCGACCCAGAGCCCACCAAGGUCAACGUAUCUGUCGGUCUUGUCCGCAUCGGUAUGUUCUUAGACUGUGAAAAGGAAGAGGUGUCUUUCUAUAACGCUGUUACGAUGGCGCCAAUCUACACCUUCUCCAUGGGAACAGUCGAGGUUCCUCUGCUGCCCUUCUACAACCCGUGUGACGCAGAUGACGGGAAGAACGUGGCAGCAAUUAAGAUCUUUAACCCGUCGGUCUGAUGAGGGGCUGCAGGGAUUGUUUGUUUAGUAUUGUAGGAUUCUUACACUAAUGUUCAUGUCAUGUUGGACAAAACAAGCCAUUUGAUGACAUUUUGGGACAUUUCUUCUCUAUUUUCUGACGUUUUAUAGACUGAAUAUACUUAUAAACUUAUAAAAUGAUGAAUUAUUGACAGAUGUAUUGUUCGUUGCAGCUCUAACUACAUACUGUACCUACAUCUUGCUGAGAAACUGUUGCAAAUAGAACAUGUAAUGCUAAAAUACUGUAUAUAUAAAAACAUGGCUGCUACUGUAACCACACCUUUUCUUUUCUGUUUUGAACGCUCGUCUUCUUUUACUGUGAUUACUUUAAAGUUUGAGGAGAAUAAAUGGGCUGAAACAUGA